AUGUUUCCUUCCAUUCAAAUGCACAACACUGAUUGCCACUGCAUCAGGUGCAAUAAUAAUGAUCAAGGAGUUUCCCGAGUAUCGAGAUGUACUGCUCAGCAUCAUAAUAAAAGAGCUAGAUUUGAAGCUGAAAAGAGAAGCAUGGAAGUAGAUACUGAAAUAAUCCCAAUGUAUCAAUCCGAUUCUGUGGAAGCAAUGGACGGUCAGACUAACUCACCUAUUUUGGAUGCCGUCUCAACGUUUGACAAUGACGUCUUUGUUGGUAAUGACUACAAUGGUGAUGAGUCUGACACGACUGAUGACAAUGACAGUAAUGAAAAUGGCGAAGAAGACACUGCCGAGAUUUAUGUUGAAGAGUUUAACAAUGAGGACCCUUUUACUGCUUCUGGUAUGCCCGAGAAUCCAGUGCACAGAUUUAUUGCUACUUUUACAGUACUGUUUGCAUCUUGUUACGUGGUCAAUAAGGGUUCUGUUGUCUUGAUUGAGUUCAUCAACGAGCUCUUGAAGAUUUAUGGACAAGAUUUCCAACUUCCCAAAAGUCUGGCUGGAAUAUAUAAAAUGACUGGCUUUUCAUCUAUCACCAAAGACAUCAAGCGAUUUGUGUCAUGUCCAAACUGCCAUUGCAUCUAUGAAGAAAACAUGUCUGUACCUCCCCAUUGUGUUUUCACAAAUGUUGGUGCACGCUCUCCUUGUGAUUGUAAGUUGAUGAAAGAGUCAACUUCAGGUGCACUGGUAUCAAAGCAAGCAUACUUGUACCAGUCCCUCAAGCAAGCUUUGUCUGUUCUUUUCCUUCGUCCUGGUUUUGAAGAGCAAAUCCGUCACUGGAACACAGAGCUUAAGAUUGUUGAUACUAUGUGCGACAUAUACGAUGGAGCAAUGUGGAAAGAGCUGAAGGAUGCAAGUGGUGUCUCGUUUGUUGCUUGUCCUCGCUCAUUGAUGUUGACACUCAAUAUAGACUGGUUCCAGCCAUUCGAUGGAGUUAGUUACUCUUCUGGUGCAAUUUACUUAGUUGUACGGUUCAAGCCUGAGAACACAAUUCUGGUUGGUUUGAUGCCUGGUCCCAAGGAGCCAAGAUGCGAGGAGAUAAAUAACUAUCUCAAGCUCAUGGUAGACAAGAUGAAACAGUUGUAUGUUGGAAUAUUGCCCAACACAAAUCAGGUGGACUUCAGUGGAUUCGAUUAUUUGCUUUGGAAUAUUUGUAGCAGUGUAGAGAACAGGUUGCAUGCUGAGGAGUGGAAGAGUGCGAGUACACCCUCAGAAAGGCACCAGCUGGAGGUCGAAUAUGGUGUUCGAUGGUCGCAGUUGCAACGCCUUGGAUACUUCGAUCUAGUACGUGGAACAAUCAUUGAUCUCAUGCAUAAUUUAUUCCUGGAGACGCCAAAGAGAAUGAUGGACUGGUGGGUCGAUAAGAAAACGAUUGGAGCCAAAGAGUUUGCUGCCAUGGAAAAAAUCGCAGAGACAAUGGUCCUUCUGAGGGAUUAUACAAAACUGACAUCGAAGACUGGAAAAGGCUUUCCUUAUAUGAAAGCCGAUGACUGGAAAUCCUGGGUACUGGUGUAUUCUCCUGUUCUGCUGCAUGGUGUUCUACCAUUUGAAAUAAUCACAUUUGAUGAAGUGAACAGCACCCACGACUAUCUGGAAAUGUUUUGCAAAAAGGCUACCAAACUCUACACUCCCACCAUCCUCACCUGCAACAUGCACCUGCACCUCCACCUUCGCGAGACCAUUCGUGUUUUUGGACCCAUGUACGGUUGCUGGCUCUUUGGGUUUGAGAGAUACAAUGGCCUGUUGAAGCAUAUAAAGACAAACGGAAAAGAUAGUUUUGAGGCAACAUAUAUGAGAAGUUUUCUUCAAAACGCAUUCAAGGGUGACUAUGCCAAUGCUGUUCUGAAAACAUCGUCCAACCCACAUUUUCCUCCAAAGGGUAACGAACCUCUCCCUCCUUCGACUUUCCCUCUUCAGCUAAAAAAAUCAUUACUGAUGGAUGAAACCGACUGUGCCCAUCUGCUUCAGCACUACAAAACAUCCUAUGAUCUUCCCAACCUUGUCAGUUACCAAUAUGCCACGCUCACAAACUCCUUUGUUGACAAUGAAAUCACAAAGUUGAAAUUCAUUGACUUACUUGGUCAACAGUACUGUGGUAAAAACGGUUCGGCUAGUUGUGGUUCUCUUGUCCACGUAAUGUUUGUUGGUAGUGACAGUACAAAUACCCUAGCCUAUGCUGAACAAAUACAGUAUCUCUUCACACACUCCUUUACACACCCUUCUUACAGCAAUCUCUACCUGACUCGCAUGGUUCAUGAUCAUUGA